GCGUCCGGACCUCAACUCACUUUCUCCACUUCAAUUUAAUUCUUUUCAGUUCCGCUCUCGCUCUCUCUCUCUCUCUCUCUCUCUCUCUCUCUCUAACACCAGCCCAUGCCCACCUUCCGCUUCCACCGAAAACGAAGCUAAAAAGUGACCCCUCCUCCUCUUAACGGCCACCUCCUGCUCCUGAUCCUGCUGCGGCCGCUGCUGCUUCUGCUUCUGCUGAGCGUGACGUGAAUUUUCAGACGCCGUCGACGAGUCUCUUCAUUGUCCGAUGCUCUGAUUCAGCUCAGCGAGCUUCCAAUGAUGGCCAUAGAAGAUCAAAAGUCAACGUCCGAUGGAAAGGUUUGGGGUUUUUUGAAGCUAACGUUUAGGCAUUCCGCCACUUCCGCUACUACUUCCUCGCGUACCUCUCACCACACUCAUCCGCCGGUGGAGGGGACGAAUCCCCACGCCUCUGCCUCUGUCUCCUCCGUUGCCAGGUCGCUGCUCCCUACGCGCCGCCGUCUCAAGCUCGAUCCAUCGAAUAAGCUCUUCUUUCCUUAUGAACCUGGGAAGCAGGUCAGGAGUGCCAUUGGAAUUAAAAACACAAGCAAGUCUUAUGCUGCAUUCAAGUUCCAAACAACUGCACCAAAAAGCUGCUUCAUGCGUCCUCCUGGAGCUAUACUUGCCCCUGGAGAGAGCAUCAUAGCCACUGUUUUCAAGUUUGUCGAGGUUCCUGAAAACAACGAGAAACCUGUGGAUCAAAAGAACAACAGGGUUAAGUUUAAAAUUAUGAGCUUGAAGGUGAAAGGACCAAUGGAUUAUGUGCCUGAGCUGUUUGAUGAGCAGAAGGACCAAGUGUCUAUAGAACAGAUACUGCGGGUUGUUUUCCUGGAUCCAGAACGUCCUAAUGCAGCUUUAGAAAAAUUGAAACGCCAGUUAGCUGAGGCCGAUGCUGCGCUCGAGGCACGCAAGAAACCACCAGAAGAAUCAGGCCCCAAAAUCAUUGGAGAAGGGCUCGUGAUAGACGAAUGGAAAGAGCGGAGGGAAAGAUAUCUGGCGAAACAGCAAGUUGAAGGGGUAGACUCUGUAUAGGUUUGGUUUCAGUUUUCCGGCAAUGCUUCGCUUCUGUAUUUGAAAGGGAUUUCAAAUGAACUGUCGAGUCUCAUCAAUUCUACCCCCUUUAAAAAGUUAUGUAAUAUUUUUCAUAUAUGGUCGAAAAUAUUGUUUAGAUGAACUUAUUUUAUUUCCAUUGAAAGAAAACCCCUGAGGUAAAGUCUUGUGUAAUUUAAGACACCGAAUGGGAUUUACUCUUUUAUAUGUAGAUAAUGUGAUUGAUUUCUCUCUCGCUAAUAAAAUGGCCACAGAGAAAUGUAAUGUGUCGAAGAAAUUCAUUUCAUUUCGAAUUA